AUGGAGGAAACGCCUUCACAAACAUCAACACUGCCCAAACUUGUGCGCAACUCUAUCAAGACAAGCCUGGUUGCAUUGGAAGCUCCUGGCAGUCUGUUCAGAACAAAUGUGUUCUUAGUGGUAGCCAGAAUGGUCAAGCCUGCGGCAACGUUCUUGGAUGGAGGUGGUCGAGCCAAUGGACAGGUUCCCAAAAGAGGCUGGAAAUAA